CAUGCCGCGGGGUCGUCUCUGCGCCUGCGCCGCGCCGGGAUGCUGAACCUUGCGGCGCUGCUGUGGCGCCGGCUGCUGCGCAAGCGCUGGGUGCUCGCCCUGGUUUUCGGGCUCUCGCUGGUUUACUUCCUCAGCAGCACCUUCAAGCAGGAAGAGAGGGCGGUAAGAGAUCGGAACCUGCUCCAGGUUCAAGACCGCGAACAGCCCAUUCCGUGGAAGGUCCAGUUUAACCUGGGCAACAGCAGCCGGCCCAGCAACCAGUGCCGGAACUCCGUUCAAGGGAAACACCUCAUCACGGACGAGCUGGGCUAUGUCUGCGAGAGGAAGGACCGGCUGGCCAAUGGCUGCUGUGACGUCAGUGUCCCCAGCACCAAGCAGUACUGCUGUGACGGGUGCCUGGCCAAUGGCUGCUGUGAAGCCUAUGAGCACUGUGUCUCCUGUUGUCUGCAGCCCAGCAAGCAACUCCUACUGGAGCGCUUCCUCAACCGGGCGGCUGUGGCCUUCCAGAACCUCUUCAUGGCGGUUGAAGAUCACUUCGAACUGUGCUUGGCGAAGUGCAGGACUUCAUCCCAGAGCGUGCAACACGAGAACACAUACCGCGACCCCAUAGCCAAGUACUGCUAUGGAGAAAGCCCGCCGGAACUCUUCCCCGCCUGAGGCCUGAUGGAGAGACACACCCAGAACCAGUCUGGUCCACGUGAGAUAACGAAGGAGA